GAUCCACCUGAUGGCUGGGCGGGUUCCGCUGGGCGCAGACCGGGCAGCAGUGGCAGGGGAGAUGGAAACCACCUUCACUGAGAAUCUCCGAUAUGCUGCUGACCUCCUGGCCCAGGAAGACAUGGUUGGGCUGGUGGAGCCAAUUAACAACCGCAUCACUGACCCUCGCUACUAUCUGAACACCCCACACCAAGCUGCUGCCAUCCUGGAGAAGGUGGGACGGCCCAACCUGAAGCUGCAACUGGACCUCUUUCAUUGCCAGAUCAUGGAUGGGAAUUUGUCACACAACCUGAAGACAUACUUCCCACUCAUCGGUCACAUCCAGAUUGCACAGGUGCCAGGGCGGCACGAGCCCGACAGUGCUGGGGAGUUGAACUUCCCUUAUGUCUUUGAGCUCCUGGAGUCUCUCGGCUACAGUGGCUACGUGGGGUGUGAGUACGCUCCGAAAGGAGACACGCUGGAAGGUUUGGGCUGGCUGCGCUCAUACUGGGAGAGACGAGGGCUGCAGCGUGGCAGCACUGGCAAGGCAGCAGAGUAA